AUGCUGGAUGACUUCAACGAAGAUUUGCAGAAGGAAAUCACCGAGGAGAAGGAAAACGACAAGUCCUACAAGGCGCUUAUUGCUGCGAAGACAGCUGAAAAGAAAGUGCUGGAAGAGCAGAUUGUGACAAAGACUCAGGAGAAGUCUGAUGCAGAAACCACGCUGGAAGCAUCGAAGCAGGACAUCAAGGCGACGACGAAGGCCAUUGCAGCAGAUGUGAAGUUUCAAGCCGCUGUGGAGAACCGGUGCACGACGAGCGAUGACAAAUUCAAAGAACGCAUGCAGAGCCGAAUGCAGGAGAUGACGGCAGUGUCCAAGACCAUCCAGGUCCUGCGCAGUGAGGAAUCGCGUGACUUGUUCGGGAAGACAGUUUCUUUCCUGCAACAGGCGGCACAGUCCAAGAGGGCAGAGCGAGCUGCCAGCAAAGUCAGUGCCUUCCUGAUGGAGCAGGGUCGCAGGUUGGGUGUUCAGAAGUUGGUCACCAUGGGACUCCAGAGCAGGAUAGAUUCCUUCACGAAGGUCAAGGCAGCCAUCGAAGAGAUGGUUACAGCUUUGCAGAAGGAGCAGGAAGAUGAGAUUAAGCACAAGGAGAUGUGUGUGGACGACCUGAACCAAAACAAGCUAAACAUCGAGGAGAAGGAGGGUGUAAAGAGCCGAGCCGAAGACAAAGUGAAUGCCUUGAAGAAGAGGGUGAGUGAUUGUGAAGCACAGAUCGACAGCUUGAACGGAGAGAUCGCAGAGAUGCAGAAGCAAGUGCAGCUGGCCAGCCAGUCCAGACAGAAAGAGAACGUGAAGUUUCAAACCGAAGCUGAUGACCAGAGGCAGACGCAGGUUGUCCUGAAGAAGGCGGUGAAGUUUCUGGACGACUUCUACCGUUCAGCAGAGAGGGCUUCGCUGGCUCAGAUCCGAGCUCACAGAGUUGACGAGGUGCAACCGGACCUCGACAGCCCGGAAGGCUUUGAG